UAUAUCAAUAAAAUUUCAUUAUUAUUUAUUUUAUUAUAGGCUUCAGCAAAUGGACAUGAUCUUGUUGUUGAAGUUUUACUGCGAAAUAAUGCUAAAAUAGCAAUAAAAGAUGCUCGAGAUGCGACAGCACUUCAUCAUGCAGCACAACGUGGUUAUACAGAAAUAGCUAAAAAACUAUUACAUGCUGGAAGUGAUGUCAAUGCUCGAGAUAAACUCCGUUGGACACCAUUAAUGAAAGCAUGCUAUUUUUGCAACCCGGAUAUUAUCUUAACAUUAUUAGAAGCCGGUGCCGAUAUUGAUGCUGAAACUGAACAAGGUCGUACAUCACUACAUGAAUUAUGUCGAUCACCGCCAAGAAACACUUCUUCAUCACAAUUAUCGCUAGUAAAUAAUGGCGGAUCUGAUAAUGAAGCAACAUUAGCUGAAAUAGCCUGUAUGUUAAUUGAAGCUGGAGCUGAUGUUAAUAAAAUUGAUCACGAUAACUUCACACCAUUAAUGUAUGCGGCUUAUCAUAAUCAUCCAGGUGUUGCGCUUGUUCUCUUGGAAUCAAAUUGUGCAGUUAAUAAAACUGAUAAACAAGGUUGGACGGCACUUCAUUGGGGUAUAGAUCGUGAUCAUGCAGACAUAGUUCAAUUAUUAAUUGAUAAAGGCGCUCGUACAGAUAUUCUUAGUCAUCGUGGUGAAUCAGCUGCAGCAAGAGCCAAAUCUGUUCGUGUUAAAGAUAUUGUUAAACAUAUCAAACGUUAUUCGACAUUAUCAUUAUCUUUAACUGAUGUCAAUAGUAUUCUUCAUCAUGCCAGUUCAUCACCGUUAAGUUUAUCACCAACAGAAAUUGAAAAAUUAAAAAAAUUUACAUCAAGUAUGUCAGUGGCUAAUGUAGAAAAUACCAAACCAUUACUCUCAUCAACAUCAAUGACACCAAAUACAAGAGUUUUAAGUUCAAGGGAUCUUAAAUAA